AUGAUUCCUAUUUAUAUUACAAUUGAAACUCAGAUUAAAAUUGUUUUUCUCAAUGGUUUAAAUGUAAUUCGUUGUUCAGAUAAUGAAAUACAAGUGUAUAAAUUACCAUAUUAUACUUCGACAUCAUUCAAAAGUAUAAUAACAUGUAGUACGAAAGAUGUAGUUUAUUCUAAAAAAUAUACGAGUUUUAAAUGGGGUAAACUAAAACUUAUUUGUUCCUUCUAUAACAGUCAAGUGCGUGAAGAACAAGUUGUUACAAAAUCCAAGAAUGGUGAUAUUAAAGAUAUUCCUCCAGCUAAAGGUCAAUUAGGUCAAUCGACAGCAUCGUACGAGUUAGAAAUCAAAUCCAGUCUUAUUUCUGAUACCAAAAUAGUAUCAAGUAAACAACCAGCAAAUAAUGCUUACUUUGAUGAAAAUACUAUACCUAAAGAAAGAAGAAUUUAUAUAUGGUUUCCAGGUCAUCCUAUUAUUUGUCGGAUAGUGUUUACUGGUGAAGACGAUAAUCCAUGUCCUUCAAUGGAUAAUCAAGAAGUAGAUGAUGUUAGUUAUGCAUGUUAUUAUAAUCCAGGUGGCGAUGAAGAACCAACGACAGCACAAAUGGAAGCCGAAUUGAAACAGAUAGAAGAAACAGAUGAUAAGCCAAAUACUGAUGCACUUAAAUACGGAAUGAGCAGUCUCAAUUGUAUAGUAACAUUUCAGGCAAAUAAUUCAAUUGAUUCUGCUGAAAUACCUGAUGGUUCUGAAACGUCUGAUGAUGAAACCAAUAAUCAAAUAAAUAACUCAACAGAUGAUAACAAUUCUCGUCCUAGUAACUCAACAAACUCAAACGAAGACUCUGAUAUAUUGAAAAUUAUUGGGUCGGUACUUGGAACACUUUUACUUAUUGGUCUCAUUGGCGGUGUUGGUUAUUUUCUAAUUCGAAAAUAUUACUUUAAUAAAUCUUCAUCAUCAUCAUCAUUAGAGAACAUCGACAACGGAAAUAAAGAUUCAUAUUCUCUUAAUCCAAAAGAAAGUCAACAAUCAUUAGCUGUGACAUCAGCAUACGAAACAAAUACAGAAGUAUCUAUGAAUGUACCACCACAAGAAGAAAACCCUUCUGUUAACUUAUACCCACCUGAUGAAAAUAAAAGACAAAGAACUGAUACUAGUAUGAUGUUUGACGAAGAUAUGUAA